AUGACAGAUCCUGAUGCUGAGGUUGGUGCGCUUUCUCCUGAAUCUCUUACGGCCAAGAACCGUUUUGUAUGUGAGCUGUGCGACAAGGGUUUUCCUCGGGAACAGAACUUGCAACUCCACAGGAGAGGGCACAAUCUGCCCUUUAAGAUUAAGAAAAAGGCAGAUCAGGAGGUGCAGAAGAAGGUUUACAUCUGCCCUCAAAUCGGUUGUGUCCAUCAUGAUCCAUCAAAGGCUCUCGGAGAUCUCACCGGAAUCAAGAAGCAGUUUGCUAGAAAACACGGUGAGAAGAUAUUCAAUUGCAGUAGGUGUCACAAGAGGUAUGCUGUGCUGUCUGACCUGAAAGUUCACAGCAAGAUUUGUGGCACAAGGAGUACAAGUGCGAGUGUGGAUUUACCUUCUCUAGGUAAUGAUUAG